GUGAGGUGAAGUCGAGAAUCCACCGGCUACAGACAGAAGCGAGUUUGCCUUUUCCCGUAGUUCCUCGGGUGAGACGAGAGCGUUAAGAACGGCCAAAGAAAAGUAUCUUUGCUAUAUUUUAAUACAGAUCUAAUCGCGACGCGCGUCAGUGGCAGACUAACCAAAACAUAAAGAAUAAUAAUAAAACCUCAGUAUUAUAUACACACGCGCGUGAUGGCUGAUAUAAAACAAGAACACAAACCUGAGGAUGGGGAGAACUACGCUAUGGCAAACAACACGGAUCCUAAAAAUAUGCAGGAAUUGACGCAAAUUGUGCAAACGUUGUUACAAGACAUGCAGGACAACUUCCAAUCUAUGUCUGAUCGAAUAAUCGGGAAAAUUGAUGAGAUGGGAAACAGAAUAGACGACCUUGAAAAAAACAUCGCUGAUCUUAUGACGCAAGCUGGAGUCGAAGGUACCGAAAAAUGAGAUAGAAGAGGCUACAGAAGAAAUAACAAACACCGAUCCGGCCGAUUACUAUACACAGCACAAGGAAGAUUAGUUCGCGAAAAUAAUUGGUGAGAACGAGAAAGUUGCGAUAAAAAUACUCGAUUCAUUAUUCAAUGCGAGAGACACGUUAUGAAAAAAGAGAAAACGAUGAUGGAAUAUCAAGAACGCCGUUGUACGAAAUAAACGUUGAAGUCUU